GCCACAGCCAUUCUCAUCCCGUGAAUCACGUCGUCAACAUCACCCAGCCUCCCAGUAUAUAAACAAAUCAGAGGCGGCACAGUCCAUCUGCAAGGAAGAAAAAGCAUCAAAGCAGGCUUCUGUUCAUCAGGACAUAAGCCGCCACCAAAGAUGAAGGUCUCAUGGUCUCUGCUGGGGCUUUCUCUACUCUACCUCUCCGCAGAGUGUCUGCUACCUCCAACUAAAGAGGAGCUCAGCCAGAUUUCAGUGCUUGGUGAAAAGUACCUGGAUAAGCAGAUUGAAAAUGCCAUCACUGGGGUGAAGGAGAUGAAGACUGUGAUGGAGCGAUCAGGAGAGGAUCACAAAAGAUUUCUGUCUGAACUGGAGAAAACCAAGCAACAGAAAGAGACUGCUCUGAAGAUGGCUAAAGAGAUGGAGGAGAAGCUAAGUGAGGAACAGAGAAUGUGUAAUGAAACCAUGCAGGCUCUGUGGGAGGAGUGCAAGCCCUGCUUGAGAAAAACCUGUGUGAAGUAUUACUCACGCACCUGCAGCAGUGGAGCUGGCCUGGUGGGACGACAGCUGGAGGAGGUUUUGAACAGGACCUCUCCCAUCUCCAUUUGGAUAAAUGGGCAGAACAUUGAGACCCUGGUGGAUGAGGACCAGCAGCAGACCAGGCGCUUCCAGGACCUGGAGGAACGGUACACAGAGGUUGCAGAUGGAGUAGAUAACAUCUUCACGGACAGCAUGAGGGUGUUUGACCACAUGCAUGCCUUCCACCAGCCCGGCCUUUUCCCAAGUCCAUUCCGUAUGCCCAGCAUGUUCGGCAGACAGGAUGCAACGGCCGGGCGGGCCGCUCGUAUCUACAGGUCCCCCUUGCAUGACCCGGAAUUCCAGAGCUUCCACAGCAUGUUCCGCCCCAUGAUGGAGAUGGCAAGAAACAUGUUUGAGUCAUUCAACUACAUGGGAAGUGAUGUGGAUUUCCCCACCGAAGAUGGGAGAGUAAACGAGGAUGUUAUUAUAUCGAAACCAUUUGGAAAUGAUAAGAUGACCUGCAGGGAAAUCCGCCGCAAUUCGGCUGGCUGCAUUAACCUAAAGGAGGAGUGUGAGAAAUGUAAAGAGAUCCAGCAUAUUGACUGUUCUGGAAAGAGGCCCCUGGAAGGCCCUGUGAAGGAGGAGCUGGAGAAGGCUCUUGCCAGGGCUGAGACAUUCACCCAGGAGUACAACAACCUGCUAAAGCAAUUCGAAGAGAAAAUGUUCAACACCUCUAGUGUGCUGGACCUGUUUAACAAGCAAUUCGGUUGGGUGUCUUCUCUAGCUAACCACACCAAAAAUGAAGAUGGCUUCUUCAAAAUACAGGCAGUGAUGUCAAAAGGCUCAGAUAAUGUAGAUGAUCCAACUGACACUAAAGUGUCAGCCAGACUGUUCGACGGGCCAGUUAUGAGCUUCACAGUGCCAGGAGACAUUCCCUGGAGCGACCCAAAAUUCUCAGAGGUGGUGGCACAGGAGGCUUUGGAUCAUUACAAACAGAACACUGUGGUCACAAACUAAAACUUUUGGAGGGCGGGAACUUCCAGUGAAGACCAUUUCUGAAAAGCACUCGAGAAGAACCUUAUGAAUUAGAACUAUAUUAAUAUUGACAGAUGCUGUGCUCAUGUAGCUGGAUUUCUGUUGUCUAGCAUUAUUCCUUCUGUCUCAUCCUAUUUAACGCUCAGAGACCCUACAGAGAUUUAAUAGAAUAAGUGCUUCUGAAAAUAUAAUCAACUGUACAUUGACAAAUAUCAAUAAAACACACAAAAUUUCUCUUAAUGAGCUA